GCCGGUGUCAGCUCCGAGAGGCAGGAGCGCAACAAGCACAGGAGAAGGGGAUACUACCACCAAUUCGCUGGCGGCUCCCAGGGCAUAGACACGGCGAAAGUUGAGAAGGUGCAGAAGAUGACCAAAGCCAUGUCGAGGGACUUCGACAUGACCGAGAGCCAAGCCGUGAGAAGGAUGAAGUCGUCACAGUCAGAUCCCGAGCUGGAAAAGAAGCUGAAGUAUCGAAUGCACUCGAUGAGGUCCGCAGUAGCCCACAACACGUCGAUGCUCGCGUCGCUGAUCAAGCACCACCACUUCGACACCGCCAUCACCAUCAUCGUUCUUCUGAACGCGCUGCUGAUCGGG